AUGGCCGCACGCAUGCAAGACCAAGGGCCCUGGCAAUCAUUACGGCGCUCUUUGCGGUUGCUGCUGGUAGCCUCUCCAAACGUCAGCUCGCGUACCAACACACCGAAUCAAGGAAACAAGUUGAGGAAAAUCUCACCCGAAGUGGCGACUCCAGACAAAGCAAGGCAAACAACACAUUUGACUUCCCAGCUAAUAUUUGCAGGUCGUCUUUGCUUCUGCGAGAUGUCUGUCAUUGUGCGAUAUGAGAACACGCUUGAGCCAUCUGGAGCCAAUUAUGGGGAAGGCCAGAAAUACCAGCAGACGGAGCGUGUGAGGUUACGCAACAUAUCCAUCAAGCCGGGGCUCUAUAAGAACUAUGAGAAUUUGAAGUGGUUUGAGGGUAGCUGUUGUUGGACAUUCUGUUGA